UAGCGCCCAGCGUUCGGGAGUUCGAAUCUGAGAAAGCGCGAGACCGAGCGGCUGUCAGGUGGGCGGGGCUGGAAUUGGAGGCGCGCCCCUGUAAAUCCCAGCCCCGGGCGGCGGGAACCAGGAUCGCAGCUGUUUAACUCCCUCGAGGAAAGAUUACUACAAUCGCUAUUAACACGAGGGCAGUUACAUGGAAGAGAAAUUCUUCAAGUGCCAGAAGGAUUGCACCGUAUUACACCAGAGAAUACAGAGUGGAUAGCCACCAUAGAUAGUUCCUGACCAUCAUCCAAGGAACAACUACACAACUGUGGGAAGACAUCCAAUCCCUUCAUAGCAUUGCUCAACAUAGAGAAGAUUGGGCAGUGAAACCAUCAUCUGGAAAUCGGUCGGGUCAGGGGAGCUUUGAUUUAUCAUCAGGUCUGAAACUGGUCAGUGGUGUUCAACUUUCCAUCAGAACCAAUCUUUGCGAAUGUUCGUCUGUGGGUGAUCAGUCAGGGUGAGGCUGGGAAGAAGUGUGAUUGAGCUCCAAGUGUGGUGAGAGCUUCAAUCAUUCAUUGAGCCUCAUAAACCUACAGGUGAGAGGCUGUUCAAGUGUGAGGUGUACGAGGAGGACCCCACAGGUUCAUAAGAUCUAACACACAAGUUGCAUCUGCUAAACAGACAUAUGGAAGAGAAACCAUUAAAAUGUGAGGUGUGUGACCGAGCCUUCACACAGUUAUCAACUCUCGUGAGACAUCAGCGAAUCCACACAGGGGAGACGGCUUUCAAGUGUGAGGUGUGCGACAAAUCAUUGUCAGACGGAUCGCAUCUCCGUGCUCACCGGCGCGUUCACACAGGGGAGAAACCAUUCACAUGCGAUGUGUGCAACAAAUCAUUCUCACAGACAUCAACCCUUCGCAAACACCAGCGCACUCACACAGGGGAGAAACCAUUUGCAUGUGAGGUGUGCAACAAAUCAUUCUCGCAGUCAUCGAACCUCCACACACACCAACGCAUUCACACAGGGGAGAAACCAUUCAGAUGUGAGGUCUGUCAGAAAUCAUUCUCGGAGUCAUCGAACCUUCGUGUACACCUACGCAUCCAUACAGGGGAGAAACCAUUCACAUGCAAGGAUUGUGACAAAGCCUUCACACAGUUAGCUGGCCUCCUGAUCCAUCAGAGAAUCCACACAGGGGAGAAACCCUUCAAAUGUGAAGUUUGUGAUAAAGCUUUCAGAACGUCGACAAAGCUUCUGAUGCACCAGAGCGUUCACACAGGAGAGAAACCGUUUAGGUGUGAGAUUUGUGAGACGUCUUUCACUGAAUCCUCUGAGCUCCUGAGGCAUCAGAGGAUUCACACAGGGGAGAAACCAUUCAAGUGUGAGGUGUGUGACAAAUCAUUCUCGCAGUCAUCAAAUCUCCACAUACACCAGCGCAUUCACACAGGAGAGAAGCCGUUCACAUGCAAGGUGUGCGACAAAUCAUUCUCAUACUCAUCAGCCCUCUGCAAACACCAGGGCAUUCAAAAAAGGGAGAAGCGAUUCACAUGUGAGGUGUGCAACAAAUCAUUCACGCAGUUACCAAGCCUCCGUGUACACCAACGCAUUCACACAGGGGAGAAACCGUUCAUGUGCGAGGUUUGUGACAAAGCAUUCACACAAUUAUCGAGCCUCAGGAGACAUCAGACAAUCCACACAGGUGAGAAACCCUUCAAGUGCGAGGUUUGCGAUAAAGCUUUCACAACAUCCACGAGGCUUUUGAUGCACCAGAGGAUUCACACGGGAGAAACCCUUCAGGCGUGAGGUGUGUAAUUAAGGGCUUUGCACGAUCAUCAGAGCUGGUGAGACACCAACGCAGUCACACAGGGGGAGAAGCUGUUCAUGUGUGAGGUUGUGUAAAAGCCUUCACACAGUUAUUGAGCCUCCUGCAGCAUCAGAUAAUCCACACAGGGGACUAACACUUCAUGAGUGAGGUUUACGAUAAAGCUUUUGUGCAUCUUCGACCCUCCUGAGACACCAGAGGAUUCAGAGGAGAAACUCUUCAGGUGCGAGGUGUGUGACUGGAAUAGAGCUUUAGUCAGCUAAUGGGUUAAAUGAUCUAAAAGUGAUUAUAUUGCAAUAAGGAAUGACGUAAACUAAUCAAGCAGUGUAAACUAAUCACGCGGAGUACCUUUGAAAAGUUUAUAGUUACAACUGCGUCCUGUUAUGUGGUAGAUGAAACAAUGGUGCCCUGAUUAAACCUGCUGAUAUGGUAAUUUAUGUAAUUUUUAUCUAACAUAGUUGUAGUUAAACUGUCUCCUGUCUUAUUGUGAAAUGUACCAUCUGCCUGUAAUUGUAUUACUGCAUUCUCCCUUUGAUCGUGCUAACCAUGACAUAACUCUGAUUUCCUGAUGUACAGACCUCAUAUGGUAUGAAUUUCCUGUUAUGAGCGGUAUAAACAACACUGGAUUCUCUGUUUAGGGUAGUAGGCUGAAUAGGAACCACAGGUGGUGUCCUGAGCAGCCUACUCCCAAACAUGCUUGAAUAAAUAUAGUUUUGCUUCUAACAAGAACUGCCAUGGUAAAUACCUUAGAUAUAGGUGUGUUGCAAACAGAGAUUGACGAACUAAAGACCCAUAUGAAACAGAUAGUUCAGGAACAAUAUAAUGUCCAAGGAGAAUCAGCCCACACUAGCAAGCAAUUAAAUGUCCUUAUCCAGGAAGGGUUAAAACGCCUGAAGCCAGUAACAAAUACAAUAAAUGCACUGAUAGAGCAGGAGGAAGGUGAGGAAACGAACGAAACAAGGGAUGCUGUAUGCAUCUUGUAUGGGUCUUGGAUGCUGGCUCAGUUGGACAAAAAUUUACUACAACUUAAAACCCAUCAAGUACCAGAUUGGAUAGAGAAAGGGCUUUACAGAAAUGGACAGGAUCCCCCUUGACGAAUGUUAAGGAUGUCUCCCUAACAACCCGCAUUCCUCACUGUGCUAAGAAUAAUGCAAAGAGAGAGAGAAUUUUAGGAAUGAUUUUGCAUAUACCAAAAACUAAGGAUAAUACUUUAAGAUCACGAUUAUAUAGAAUUGAGAAUAUAGGCUGGGUAAAAGAAAAAGUGUGGCUAACAAUACCAGAAGCACCCAAAUGGGCGGUGGUGACAGAAAACAUUACAAAGGGAUUACAGAGAGACAGAUGCCAGAAGAUGGAGGACUUAUGGCUGUGUCCAGACUAUGCCCUUAUGAAUGAGAGGAUGUGUGGGCUGCAUCACUGGAAAGAUUGUAAGAUACAAGUUAACCCCACCAAACAUAACGGGUAACACUUUGUUAAGACACAUAAUGCAACUCAUUAUUAUGCAGUAACUACAAAUUUGACUUACCUGGUACAAAAUAAAAUGUGUGUUCCACCAAGCUACAAUGUGAUUAUUAAAAACCCUAAGGAACAAUUGACCUUUGGGAGCAAUAGCAUAGACCCACUAACAAAGGAUAUAGAAAUAGAAGCCAACAUUGUAAGGGUGGAUAAUGAUGCUGAAAUACCUACAUUUAUGCCAAAUCCACUGCCUACCAUCCCACCUCUGAAUGUUCCGGAUUGGGAACAAUUGAUAAGGGAAGCGAAACAUAUAAGUCACCAAUGGAGUGAAUUGGAACAAAAGAUUAAGUCAGAACAGGACAAAGCAGAAGAACUCUUGAGAGCAGGAUCAUGGUGGGAGAGAAUAUGGAACUGGGGUAUGAAUGUAAAUGUACACCCUGAGUUGAGAAUAUUUUCCCAUGUCCUACUAAUCCUCCAAGCAUUGGUUGUAGUCAUUUUAAUCAUCCUUGUGAUUGUCUUAAAGAAAAAGAUUAAUGCCUGGACAGUAAACCGACUUAAGAAAGACUUGUCCUUGUUAGAGGUUAAUACCCACCGGUCUGAAUGUGACAGACUAUAAGGAUUGUCCUUUAAAGGACAAAAGGGAGGAAAUGUGGAAUAGAGCUUUAGUCAGCUGAAGUGUCUAAUGGGUUAAAUGAUCUAAAAGUGAUUAUAUUGCAGUAAUGAAUGAUGUAAACAAAUGAAGCAGUGUAAAUUAAUCACGCGGAGUAUCUUUGAAAAGUUUGUGGUUACAACUGCGUCUUGUUAUGUGCUAGACGAAACAGUGGUGCCCAGAUUAAAUCUGCUAAUGUGGUAAUUUAUGUAAUCUUUAACUACAUAGUUGUAGUUAAACUGUCUCCUGUCUUAUUGUGAAAUGUACCAUCUGCCUGUAAUUGUAUUACUGCACUCGCUCUAUGUACGUGCUAACCAUGACAUAACUGUGAUUUCCUGAUGUACAGACCUUAUAUGGUAUGAAUUUCCUGUUACGAGUGUUAUAAACGACGCUGGAUUCUCUGUUUAGGGUAGUAGACUGACUAGGAGCCAUGGGUGGUGUCCUGAGCAGCCUACUCCCAAGCAUGCUUGAAUAAAUAUAGUUUUGCUUCUAA